UAUAUAAACCCGGUGCAAUUAGCAAGUGCCAGUUAGUUUAAAAAACAAUAGAAGGGCUGUUAGACGUUGAUGAACACAAAUACAUACUUAAAAACUAGUGUCAGAUCAAAUCACGGGUGCACGCAAAUUAAUUACAAAACCAAAAAAACAAAUAGUUACAAAACUAAAGUGCAGUUUGACGUGCAAGCAAAUAAUAAUGCUUAAAAGCCAUAGUGUAGAUUCGGACUUACGUAGUCGAAAAUGCGGAAGCCAAUUGAACAACAACAACACACAAGAUGACGACACUUUAGCUUGGUCGGAUAAAGCGCAGGCACCAAGGGAUACGAAAACAUCGAACAAUCAAACCAACGACAACAGUCCAAAGCAUAAGAUGUUAAUAUCAAAUGCUACGACCAAAUCGCAUCGCAGCAGUCCGAGCGAAAGUAUAGAUGAAAGUUUAAGCAUAAGCAACGACAAAAUGUGGCGAAAUGAACUCCCGCAAAACGAUGGUGACUCAUCUAAGCAACAAGAUCGUCCGCAAGGCAUUUCACGUCUUAGUAAUCUUGUCGAUAUAGCUUUGCGCAUAUUUCUAGUUAUUGGUUUCUUCAAGCUGGAAACCAUGUCCGCCUUUCAGCGGCAGAUACAUGCAGAGGAGUUGUGGCUGUACAAAAACCCCCGUCGGCCAGAUAUAGUUAAGGCCGACGAACUUUUGCUGUCCGUAAUAGCUGUGCCGUUCAUUGUUACUUGUAUAUACUAUCUGUUUACCAAGGAUCGCAAAGAUUUUCGUUCGGCUAGCUGGGCUUGGACAUUGGCCUUGUGCAUGAAUGGCAUACCUACCAGUCUGCUUAAGAUAACCGUUGGACGACCCCGUCCAGAUUUCUAUUAUCGCUGUUUUCCUGACGGAGUCAUGGUUCUAAAUGAAAGGACUAACAGCUUGGGCAGCUCCUUACUUGAUUUUAACUGCACGGGCUCAUUGAGUGAUAUCAACGAGGGACGAAAAAGCUUUCCGAGUGGACAUUCAUCAUUUGCGUUUGCCAGCUUUGGAUUUGUUGCCUACUAUGUGGGCGCCAAGCUGCAUGCAUUUGAUCCACGCGGCAGAGGGAACACUUGGCGACUAUAUCUGGCGGUUGUGCCGCUUUUUGUGGCUGCUUUGGUAGCAGUUAGCCGCACUUGCGACUAUCAUCACCAUUGGCAGGAUGUAACAGUGGGCGCACUGAUAGGUCUUUUUAGCGGCUACUACAGCUACAGACAGUAUUAUCCAUCAAUAUUCAGUCCAAAUGCAGACAGACCAUUGCCACGCCCGCCUCAACACAAAGAAACCUUCUCAAAGCCAGAGACUCUGGACGAUGCUUCUCGAGCGCCAUUACUUGAUGAGGAGCAGACCAAGUGGCACUAAAAUAACUAACUAGCUUUACUAAUGUAACAUGGACCGAUUGCCAUGGAGCAGCAGAGCUGUGUAACUGUCCGGCUUAGAAUAGACAUAGAUGUUUAGUAAAUGGUUAAUAGCGUAGCUGGGAUAAUGACAAUUAUUGAGUUUCUAGUUCAAUUGUUUUUAAGGAUUAAGACAUUGUUAAGUUCGACAUUUCAAGGCAAGCGUAAUUAGCUUUAAUACGGUUUAAUUUUCCAAUACAGUUGUGAAUACUUCACUGUCACUAUCACUACAGGCUUAUUUGUAUAUAUUUAAAGAUCCAUUAAAUAAAACACAUGUUGAUUAUAUUGCUAAACUCUAAUUUUAAUGACUGCUUUACAUCCAAAUAUUGUAAAUACAAAUUGCUUUACUAAAGCUUGACCGAAACUAGCCUAAAGUGUGAGUUGUUUGUUGACCGCCUCGGC